GGAAGAGAAGGAUAGCGGCGUUCGUUCUGUCUGUUGGUGAUAAAAAAACAAUAGAGACGCAACGUCUGUGUUCGGGUUGCAUCUUUCUUUGUGGCAACGACUCAAAGUGUGCGCAACACUUUGUUCCACUUUAGUGUGUGAAUGAGAAGGAGGUGGAGGAGGGCAGGUGGCAGGCAGGGAGGGGUCCUCUGGCGGUCGGAUGGAGCCCGUCUGUGUGGCCAUGGGUGAUGUGUCGAAAAAAGCGUCUUCUCGGAACGUAGCUGUAGAGAGGAAGAACCUCAUCACCGUGUGCAGAUUUUCGGUGAAGACUCUCUUGGAGAAAUACACGGCCGAGCCCAUUGAUGACUCAUCAGAGGAGUUCAUCAAUUUUGCAGCCAUUUUGGAGCACAUCCUCAGCCACCGCUUUAAAGGCGGUGGAAGCUGGUUCGAUGGCCAGAGAAGUUUCUGGGACUUCAUCCGAAUGGCUUGUGCCAAAGUGCCCAACAGCUGCAUUCCCAGCAUCGAGAGCAUGGAAAAUAUCAGCCCCUCACGAGCUAAAGGCCGAGCCUGGAUGAGAGUUGCUCUGAUGGAGAAGAGAUUGUCGGAAUAUGUCUCAACUGCAUUGAGGGACAUUAGGACCACAAGGCGGUUCUACGCAGAGGGCUCCAUCAUGCUAAGGGAAGAAGCUACCGUGCUAACUGGGAUGCUAAUAGGCCUCGGAGCUAUAGACUUUAGUUUCUGUCUUAAAGGGGAAGCCUUGGAUGGCAAAUCCUCUGCAGUUGUUGACUACACUCCAUAUUUGAAAUUUACACAAAGCUACGAUUACCUGAGCGACGAUGACGACGACAGACGGAGUGUUGACAGCAGCACGAGUGAUGACAGUGCCCCCGAGCAUCCGUACGUCCCCCUAGUCCCCGACGAGGAGAGCUGGAGCACCAAGUGUCGCAAGAUGGAGCAGAGGUUCAAGAUUGUCAACGCGCAGAAGAGUUACUUAGAGGAGUUGGUGCGUCUGCGUGAGUCCCAGCUGAAGAACACCGAGGCGGAGAACAAGAGGCUCAAAGCCCACCUGGAAGCGCUCCACGGCCAGAGCCAGCAGGAGAAGAAGGAGCUGGAAGACGUCGUCCUGGAACUGCAGGAGCAACUGACAAGUUUGAUUCCAUGUGACACCAGCCACUUGGCCAAAGACCUAACCAUCCCCUUAGUGAACCAAUGGCCUCUACUUGAACCCUACAGCAGCCAGGAUGAUGUCAAGCUCUUCCGCAGGAGUUUUCCCAGCACAGAGCUGCUGUCAGUAGAGAUCAGCCUGGAUUCAGAUCCCCCAAGGACGGAGGGGAAGCAGAACGGAGGGGCCUGGUGCACAGAAAAGGCCUACACACCCUCCCUCAUGGGACUUUGUGGCUCCUUGGGUUCCUUUCCAAGCUGCAAGUCUCUCUCAAGCCUCAAGUCCAGUGAGUGCCUGGUGAACAUCAGCACUGACAACAGUCCUGCACUCUCUCCCAGCUAGGGGGCGUCAAAGCCAACACUUUACAGACAAUACAGCUUGAAAGAAAACACAAAAAAAACCUCCAUUAUUAUCUGAAUGGACGCUCCUCUUUUGUCACCUCUUUCUUUCUUCACUCCAAACAUGUCUUUGUCUGUGAAAGCGAGUCCAAAAAGCUAUUGUACUGCCUCUCAUUAUCAUACAUGUGUCUUCAAUGUCCAUGUUAUCAUCUUUCCACUUAAUCUCUUUAUCCUGACAUAAUAGUAGCAGCGCAGGAUAGAUGAACUGGUCAAACUGAUAAAGUACUGCAAUGAUGUCAAACAAAAACACAUUUUUGAGAGUUUAGUUUAGGAUUACUGCAUAUGAGCAUGCAAUUAGUAUGCAAUUCAUUAGUGUAAACAAAUGAAUUGCACACUAAUACAUGGUGCAUUGUGGCUAUGCUGGAUGAAUGUUUACAUUGUCAAUGUCCAUAGACAUUUUUCACCGGGGUGACCAAGGAGAGACCAUUACUCACAUAGGGGGUGGCAAUAAGUUGAUAACUGAAAUGACUAGAUGGCCAUUGGUGUCCUCAUUGUUUCACCUGCUCUUUUUUUUAAUGGAAUUAUAUCAUUAUUAAUUUAUUUAACGACUCAGCAUCAUGUAGUCCUGUAGUUGUUGCAGUGAGAGCUAUUAUGGGCUGUCUUGACGUAUUUAAAUGCAAUAAACCUGCCUUUUUUCUGAACAAAUGUGUUCAGUAAGAGUGUUGACUGACUUCCUAAAAGCAUUAGAGCUGCUGCAGUAGGUCCUCAAAAACAGCAUAAUACUCCAUUUGUGCAUAGAGGGUCUGUGAUUACUGUUUUUGCAGUGAUUAUUGUCAUAUAAAGGAUUUUGCCAUAUCAUUUUUUUUUUGGCAGAAGCUUAAAAUACAGCAUUGUUCCUGUCUUUUUGAAGAUCUUUCAAUAGGAGUAAGUUCUUAAACAGUGUAGAGCGCUCCUGUUACUGUAUAUAGGAGAGCUUUGACUGAGAAGAUAACUGCAGAGAAAAAGAUGUGGACAAAUAAGAGAUAAAAAUACUGCCAUUUUGGGGCUGGGUCUGACACACAUACAAUACAAUUAGUAUUACAGUAUUUUUUGCACUAUAAGUCGUUUACAUAAAACUGUUUAUGUUACAUAAACACUGGACACCUUUUCUGUUCAUGUUUAUUUUUCAUGUAGCUGAAUAACCAUUGUGUUAUUAUUGUGUUAUUAUAUCUUACAUCUAUUCAGCCUGUUCUCUAUUCUUUUAUUAAUGUUAGAACUUGCAUUCCAAGAUGACGUCAUGUCUGUUUUGGUCAAGUUGUAGUUUGGAAAAUAAAUUACCCACAAAAAAUGCGACUCAUACUCCGAUGCGACUUAUGUAUGCUUUUUUUUUUUUUUUUACCUAAUUAUGCAUUUUUGGCCUUGUGCGACUUAUACUCCAGUGCGACUUAUGUAUGUUUUUUUCUACCUAAUUAUGCAUUAUUGGCCUUGUGCGACUUAUAGUCCAGAAAAUACGGUAAUAAUAAU